UGUUUAGCUCCUUCACGUCUUUCUCUUUACCGUUGCUUCAGUUCACGUCUUUCUCUGUUUCUCAUCUUCCCUUCACCGAAUCAGUGAAUCACCGUCGAACUUCACCGUGCCGCUGUUAUUCCGCUGACAACCGCAGCCACCGCUCUUAACAAAGUGACCUUCUCCUCUCUCUCUCUCUCUCACUGAAGCAAAAGGGGAAAAACAUAACCCUAAGGAAAAAUCAAAAUUCAGCACCAAAAGGAGUGGUGAGCUCGUACGAUUCUCUCUCGGAGACAUGGCGCCGCACGAUCUCCGCCGUCCUUUCAAGCGACCCUUAAUCUCCGAUCAAGAGAGACGAAGACAACACUCCUUACUCCGUCAAGCACAGAAUCGCCUCGACGCCCAACGCCACGCUCGCUUCUUAGCCUCCACCACAUUCUCUCUUUCAUCCUCUCAAAACCUCGAACCUCAACCAGAGCCUGAGCACGAACAGGAGGAACCACAUCAGAAGGAGGAGCUCGACGUCUUGGAAGCAUCGAAUCUAAAAGGCGAUGAAGCUCGAAAAUGGUUUGCGAAACAACUUAUGCAUCCUGAAUGGAUGAUCGAUAUCCCCGAAAAUCUCACCAAUGAUUGGUUUGUUUUUGCAAGGCCUUCUGGAAAACGGUGUUUUGUUGUUUCCAGUAACGGAACAACGAUAAGCCGUUUGAGAAACGGUUCAAUACUUCACCGUUUUCCUUCUAAAUUGCCAAAUGGGGCAAGGACAAAGGAAGUUUCGUCCAGUUCUUCGCAUUCUUACUCUAUACUCGACUGCAUUUUCCACGAGCAGGAUCAAACUUAUUAUGUUAUUGAUAUGGUUUGUUGGCGUGGCUACUCCCUCUAUGAUUGUACUUCGGAGUUUAGGUUCUUUUGGGUGAAUUCUAAGCUUGCUGAGACUGGUGCUUGUGAUCCUCCUUCAUAUUAUCACAAGUAUACGUUCAGUUUAGUUCCAGUGUACAGUUGUGACCAGAGUGGUUUGUGUUCAGCUUAUUCUGCGCCUGUGUCUUAUGUCAAAGACGGUCUUCUAUUCUAUAACAAGCAUGCACAUUAUCAGGCUGGGAUUACACCAUUAGCAUUAGUUUGGAAGGAUGAGAACUGCAGCCAAUAUGUUAUGGACACUGACAACAAAGGACAAGUUCCUAACCAACAACAGGUGGUUUUGGAGCUUCAAGAAGAUGGAAAACUGGCUACCUGCGAUGAUCCUCCUAUGGCAUUUGGCUGUUUGGACGGAAGCUUCAUCCAACAGUCAGAUUUGCAUUCAGGGUAUCUUCUACGAUUUGCAAUUGGAGAGGGAGGAUUGGUUUUGGCGGAUGGGAAACUUGAGAAAGCUGAUCUAAAGUAUCUUGGCAAAGCCAAUCGAGCUCGUGCCUCUGCUGAUAGUUUCUCUAAGGUUAUGUUCCAAUAUAAUGUUCGACACUCCCCCCUCAGAAUUGAUGAUUUGUUGGGAUCUGUCAGCUCCCCAGUAGAUCAAGAAAGUGAAACAUGUGACAUUGAGAUGGAUGGUUGAUAGGAAAUGCUCUAAGGAUCGCAAAUGUCAGUCUUCAUUAUCCUGAAUGCAAUGUUUGAAGUUUUCACCUUAAUUUUUGGUUCUCUUUAUUGCUUAUUCCAUGAAGCCUUCCAUAAUUUAUAUUGAGGAUCCACAAAAUUGCUUAUUCCAUGAAGUUUUCACCUUAUUUUUUCAAUUUUGUCUUCUGAUUUUCCUUUUCUGUUUAGCUUGAUUAUAGGAUCAUUGUGUAAUAUCAUGUUUGGCAGAGGUCUUUGUUUGUAGCUCUUCAUUUUACA